CCGAAAGAAUGUCUCAUUCCUGUGGAGAAUGCAGGGAAAGCUGCUGAAUCCACGUCCAAAGCUUCGCCUGGGACAAGUGUUUCAGGAAUCGUGGAAAGAGCUGGAAUUUUGGUCAGCUCUCUGCCGAAAGCAGAUUUUUCUUCCAAGGACGUCGUUCAGGACCUCUCAAGGUUGCUAAAGUUCAAGAAAGGCACUUUGGCGGAUGCAGCCGUUAUUCCAGAGACUCAAAAGCUGUUUGCUAUGGGAGCUUUGGCCGGAAUAAUCAAAUUCUUGAAGCUGAUGUCAGAUGAAAGCAACUUCAGCACUUACAAGAUCCAGGAGUUGAAUUCUUCCACUUGGAUGCGAUUAGACGCUGCUGCUGUGAAAGCCUUGAAUGUACUGCCCUUGCCCAAUGAAUCAAGUAAAACUGGGUCUUUGCUUGGUAUUCUCAGCAAGUGU